CAGUCGGGCAGUAUGGCGGCGGACAGCGUGUAGGAAGGAGCGUGGCUCGUCGAUAUUGCGUAAUCGCAGAGUGGCAAGCAAGCGGUAUCAGAGCGGAGGGAUCUGUCGCGUGCGAAAGGAAGGAAGGCGCGCGAGAAGGAUUGUUUCGGGGACGAGUGGCGCUACGACAGUCCGACGACAGUGCCUGCCGCGGAUCAGGAGAUAUGCCGCCGAGUGGAGGCGCGCAUUGCUAACGUCGGCGAGGAUGCGAGCACGAUUGUCACCGGACACGGAUCGGUAACGAAGGCGAACGGCGAGCGGCCCGAGAGCGCCAGCGCCAGCAUCAGCAACAACAGCAACGGCAAGAGCAGCAGCAACAACAACGUCUCGUGGAACAUGUCGGCGAUCAAGGGUAGCGGUACGCCGGGCGCGCCGCGCCAGCUCAACGUUCUGAGCAACUUCAAGUACGAAUACUUCGUCGCGGGCAUCUCAGGCGGCGUCGUCUCGACCCUGAUGUUGCACCCGCUGGACCUCAUCAAGAUCCGAUUCGCAGUAAACGAUGGUCACACGAGUUCAGCACCACGGUACAACGGACUCAGGAACGCCCUCGCUCAGAUCGUUAAAACAGAGGGAGUGCGUGGACUUUAUAGAGGAGUAACGCCAAAUAUUUUAGGAUCAGGCAGUUCGUGGGGUUUCUACUUUUUCUUCUACAAUACGAUAAAGACUUCAAUUCAAGGUGGUAACUCAAAGAAACCGCUUGGACCGUCCAUGCACAUGUUUGCCGCCGCUGACGCCGGAGUACUCACUUUGCUUAUGACUAAUCCGAUCUGGGUGGUGAAAACGCGGCUGUGUUUACAAUAUGCUGAAGACGUGAACAUCGCAGAGUCCAAGCGGUACCGCGGAAUGAUAGAUGCUUUAAGGAAGAUUUACAAGACGGAGGGCAUUAGAGGCUUAUAUAAAGGUUUAGUUCCUGGAUUGUUCGGUGUUUCGCACGGUGCUAUACAAUUCAUGGUAUACGAGGAAAUGAAGAACAAGUAUUAUAAUUACUUAAAUGUGCCCAUUGAUACGAAAUUGAGUACAACCGAAUAUAUCGUCUUCGCCGCGAUGUCCAAACUGAUCGCUGCAGCGUCGACAUAUCCUUAUCAAGUGGUGAGGGCACGACUUCAAGAUCAUCAUCAUGACUAUCGGGGUACCUGGCAUUGCGUUCAAUGCACAUGGAGGUAUGAGGGUUGGCGUGGCUUUUACAAGGGUUUAAGCGUAAACCUCACCAGGGUGACACCGGCGACGGUUCUCACAUUCGUGAUCUACGAAAAUAUGUUACAUUAUCUGCAAUCGAGACGCACUGUUGUGGAAGGAACGAUCGCUGUGCCUGUACCUGCGGUUAACAAACUGAAGGAGUGAGGAGUCAAAGGUAGAUUCUCUUCGGAGCCUUAUCGAAGUCGAGUGAAAGUCUGAAUUGGAGUGGUCCAAUUUCCAUUAUGUUUCCGGUGACAUAUGCACCGAAAAAUGUGAUUAUAAAAAUAGUCGUAAUAAAGUUCCAUUAUAAAUGAAAAAAACUUGAGAUACAAAUUUUAAAAAA